AUGGCGGCCUUGAUUAAAUGUGAUCGCGGGUCACGUAUACGGAACAUAGAACAGUUCGCAAGACUUAAUCGAAUCGGUGCAGCAGAAGAUACUGUUCAGUCAUUAGGAGGAGUAGUCAAAAAGAACAGCUCUAUCAUUGUUUCUCUAGAGGAGACAGGUGGCCCAAAUAAUGUGGAUAGACUAUGGCUGUUUGAUUGUCUGAGUAACUUCAAUGUUCUUUACAUGGGUCUGUAUUUAAAUGUGAAUUUCUUUGAGGACGUCAGUAAAGAAAGUGUCACCUCAGAUAAGGACCUGGAUAAUGGUGAAGAUGAAGGUUAUGUUCGACACAGUGGGGAUUAAGAAAGUGACAGUAGUAUGAGCAGUAUCAUUCAGAUAAUGAAAGUGGAAAAGCAAAUAAAGAAAACAUAAAGACUGCGAAAGUUGUCGAAUCACAUGACAAUGCUGAUGAAAAUCUAGAUAAUGACAAAGAUACGGACAUUUGUCAUUACUUACUUUGAUAAAAAGUUCCCAUAAUGCAUCCCAUCACCCAGACAUGCUUAUAACAAGAGAUUUUGCAUAAUUUUUAUCGUCGCCGAUGAAAUCGGGAGGGUUGCAUUGAAAUGGCAUUGUCCGUCUGUCUGUCCGUCCAUCUGCAGCCAUUUCUCAGUAACUAGCAGGUAGAAUUUCAUGAAACUUAAAAUAAACAUGAACUAACAUACUACGAUAAUGCCCGUCAAGUUUUGUUUUGAUUGGUUAAUUUCUCUUAGAGUUAUUGCCCUUGAUUUAAUGAAAAAUGUCCGUCCGCAGCCAUUUCUCAAGUAACUAGCAGGUAGAAUUUCAUGAAACUUGAAAUAAACAUGAACCACCAUACUGCGAUGAUGCCCAUCAAGUUUUGUUUGGAUUCAAUUUCCGUUAGAAUUGUUGCCUUUAAAUUGUUUAAAAAUCCACAGAUUUGUACAUAACAAACCAACAAUUUCAUUAAACUGCUUUCAUUCUUUUCCAUGAACAUUUAUUAUAAACAUUAGAAGUUGUGUACCCACACCUGGUCACCACAAAUAGUUCCUUCUAUUAUUUUUUUUUUUCAAACCUUCCAGGAAUAUAUAUCAACAUGCAAAGUUAUACAAUUGUACUGUUCCCCCAUCUCACUCUCCAUUCAGUCAUGCCCACCAUCCCGGCAUGCAUACCCCUCCUCCCCCUCCAUCCAAUUUUUUUUGUCAUUUUUAAUUUCCCAUCAAUAUUUAUAAUCAACGUGAAGUUUUGUACACUCCUCCACCCCCCCCCCCCCCCCCCCCCCACCACUCUCCCCACAUUAACUAAUAAAAAUAUUUGCUUCUUAGCAACAUCCUUAACUUUUUGCAGGAUAUAUUUUUUACAUAUUUACAAACCCUUUCGGCCGGGGAUACCAAUUCAUCGGAUUUGCUUGUUAUAGAUACUGUUAGUAUGAAUAUUCUACAAUAAGUAUUUAUGACUUAAUAGGCUACAUUGAAGCAAUGUGACUAUAGUUUUCGAAUUAAAUUUCCUGUUCAGGAAUUCUACAUAUUUGUUUUAGUUCUUAUACCCCUGGUGUAUAGUGAUUGAACUGUACCCAUGGCAGAUAGCGAUUGAAAUAUCUGUUGUUUUUUUUCAGCCCGUACAUCCAUCUAUGUGAGGUCAAACAGUUCGCCCGAGGAAAUACACUAAUGUAAAGAUUACUUGAACAGUUAUGACAUUAGAAUGUUGACAGUCCAGUGUCACCCAGUCUGACCUUGACCUUCUUACAAAACCCGAACAAGGGGAUAUACUGGAUUCAGCUUGUCUUUUUGUCUGUCUGGGUGUAGAAUCAACUCCUACAGUUUUGGCAGGAUUUCUUUCAAACUUUCA